UGCUGGUCUAAUUUUGUGCUGUACUAAAACCAGGACACUGUCCUCCAUUCACAAGGCGAAGGACGGUGAAGAUGACCUCACGCACAAGCACCAGCACCAGCACCAACACCAACAAGGGGUUGGCGAAGGAGAAGCAGGCAGUGCAGGUGUUGCGGGGCGAGCUACAGCACUUGCCUUCGGCCAGGAAAGUGUACACUGCCAAAGCCAGUGGCGGCAGUGUGUACUUCAAGUCGACUGCGGCAGACGCUCUGUCCAUGAAGCAAGAGGAGCUAAAUGACAAGGUGGCGGAGAUGCAUGAGCUGCGCUCAAAGUAUCCACAGUUGUUCACAGAAGGCCAGCCACAGUGACGGGGUGACACGGUCUAUCACAAGCAGCGCACGCAAACGGCUGCGGCUGCAAUCGGCAGCAGGGCAAGCAACAGUCAAGUAAUAUCGAUCAAACAAGAGAAAGCAGGUACAAAGGAAGCGGGAACAAGAGCACGCAGCACAGGGCGGGCGGAAGAACAGCAGGGCAAUGAACGAAGCAAUGGGCAAAGCACGUGCAAGCGAAGGCCAGCAGCACCGACACCAGCGUAGCGAUGUGAAAAUAAGAGCAGGCAAGUAAAAACGACGUGCGCCAAGGCAAAAGGAACACGCCUGGACACGAAGAAAGCAAAGAGCGGGACUCGACGCAAGUACGACGCAUCCCACAACGCAACGCGGCGCAAGAACAGGCCGAGGCCAGCAGCGGUACCACGUCAGCAGUUUGAUGAUGAAGAAGAUUGGCGAAUUGGUUGCGUGGGCGUGGGUGUGUGUUGCUUGGUUGGCGUGUUUGUGGAUGAAUUGGUGACGGUGGAGAGGGGCGUGCCCCUGUUCCCCUUGAAUGACCCGCGCUUCGGGCUCGAGUGGCAUUGGUGGCGUUGGCGUUGGUGGUGUCUGAGCUGCAUCUUCUUGUGCACGGCCAGUCGUGGCUUGUUGAUGGGCGUCGAUUGGCGGGAGAGCGGAGAUGAGGAGGCUGCUGGUGCUGGUGGCGGUGUGGCGUUGCUUGCCUCGCUGCUGUCUUGAUCGGUGUGCAGCCGCGUCAAGCACAUGCGGGGCGGCGAUUCUGCGUGUGUUUCUUGAAACAGCUGGUGUUGCGGUGUUGCGCGUGCCAUAUGCCCCUCCUUGUCUGUGCCUGCACCAUCCGUCACAUACUGCAGCUCCACCUCAACGGGCGACGUUGGCUGGCAAACAAUUAAAAACAAACAAACAACCACAACA